AGCCACGCGGGGGGGGGGGGCGGCGGCCGAGGCGACAGCGGCAGCGAGCGCGUCGGCCCCACGGUCGCGAUUCCCGUGUCGCUGAGGCCCCGGGGGCCGCCCGCGCCGCCGGCCGCCAUGCCGCUGGGCCUGAAGCCCACGUGCAGCGUGUGCCGGACCACGUCGUCGUCCAUGUGGAAGAAGGGCGCGCAGGGCGAAAUCCUCUGCAACCACUGCACGGGCCGCGGCGGGGCUGCCGGGGGCGCGGGCGCGAGCACGGCAGGUGGGACGGCGGGCGGCGGGGGCGCGCCCGGUGCAGGGGCGGGCUCGGCGGGCGGCGGGGGCGCGCCCGGCGGCGGCCACGGCGGGCCGGGCUCGGGCUUCGCUGGCGCCGCGGCGGCGGCCUCGCAGCAGAGCAAUGGCGGCGGCGGCGGGGGCGGCGGGGGCGGCAAGCAGAGCAAGCAGGAGAUUCACCGGCGCUCGGCGCGCCUGCGGAACACCAAGUACAAGUCGGCCCCGGCGGCCGAGAAGAAGGUGUCCACCAAGGGCAAGGGCCGCAGGCACAUCUUUAAGCUGAAGAACCCCAUCAAAGCUCCUGAAGCAGUUUCCACCAUCAUUACUGCAGAAUCAAUAUUUCACAAGGGAGUAUAUUAUCAAAUUGGAGAUGUUGUUUCUGUAGUUGAUGAACAAGAUGGAAAAACGUACUAUGCUCAGAUAAGAGGCUUUAUCCAAGACCAGUACUGCGAGAAGAGCGCGGCGCUAACGUGGCUCAUCCCCACGAUGGCCAGUCCCAAAGAUCAGUUUGAUCCGGCAUCUUACAUCAUAGGACCAGAAGAAGAUCUUCCAAGGAAGAUGGAAUAUUUGGACUUUGUUUGUCAUGCACCUUCAGAAUAUUUCAAGUCUCGAUCCUCACCGUUCCCUACCGUUCCCACCAGACCAGAGAAAGGGUACAUAUGGACUCACGUUGGGCCUACUCCUGCAAUAACCAUUAAGGAAACAGUUGCCAACAACUUGUAAUCUUUUUAAGACUCCAUUUUCCUCUGUCCUCUAUGCACACCAUUACAAGAUGCCCAGCAGUGUACUUACUGAAAUUGGUGGCUGGCUGAAGAAAUAACUUUUUAAAAAACCUUUUAUUAUUACCCAGUAGGCAAAUAGUAUCUUCUUAGCUUUUUCUUCACUCGUUUUAAUCAGUCUUUUUUAAGAAUUACUCUGAAGAGGUACCUGUGCUGAGCUAGGAUGUCCUGCCCGGGAGGAAGCUCCCGAUGGAGGUGGCCCCUGCUUUUCGCAGGGUAGAUCCCUGCUGUCCGUGUGAUAACCCGGGUGCCAGCCUCUCACCCCAAAGCAUUACUUGGUUGGUGCUUAGUCCUUGGACCCCAGGAAGUUUGAGUUUGGCCAUAUGUCACAGAAACAAAUACAAAAUUAUAAACAUUUUGUUAUCUUUAAAAUAGUGACCCCGUGCCAUGCCCCAUGAAAUGAACAUAACCACCUCUACACAGAUGAAAUAGGAAAUCCCAUGGUGACAUACAUUGAGUAUGUAUUACUGAAUUGUAAAUAUGACCUGAGACUAAUAUAGUAGCUAGACUCGCAGUAGAAGGGCUUUGGGGGAGGAGUCUGGGCACACCAGAUAUUUUAUAAAAAGCUUUCCAACAGAGUUUGAGCUGAUGCCUUUCUUUGCUUAUUCCAGGCAACCUUGGAUAUUCCUAAAGGUGCCACAGGAGUGGUUAGGUUGGCUAGUUGUUGAUGGUAGAAACGUUUUUAAAGGGUGACUACAUUCCCUACCUCUUCAGUUUGUUCAGAGAUGCUGCUCAUCACCAGAUCACACUAAAGGCUAUUAGUGUACCAUGUGACCAAAUCCUAAUCCUUUAAAAAAGGAUCUUAGAAACAUUUCUCAUGGAUAUGUUAGUUAGGUGAGUGCAAAGGGAGCUCAGCCCCAGCCUACAACAAGGGCCUUUCCUUUGGCUCUGAUUAAAGCCACCUACUUGUCAGACAAAAACUGUGAGUGACCCUUCAUUCCCCUGAUAUUAAAAUAUAAAAGUUUGAACAUAUUCAUCUGUCUUUCAUCUCUUUCUUGUACACACUUUGGCUUGUGUCCGUAGAACUGACCGUAAUUGAAUCUUAAAAUUCAUUGUAUUUUAGCACUCUAUUUAUGUCUUCCACAAGAGUAGUUGUGAGUCACUGUAAAUAUCAUUGUAAAUAACUGAGAUAAACUAAUGCCUAAAACUUUUGGAUUAAAAUAUAUUUUUCAAGCUA